CUGUUCUGGCUGCAGCUGUCUUUACAGCCGCGCGAUGCGCGGCUGUUUCCAACGGCCAGGGUCCGGCCAGGUACGCCUUUGCCUAUCCCGGAGCCUAUCCCGGCCUGUUCGGCCCACCGGGAGCCGUGCUGACGCCUUCCGCGUACGACUACCCGGGAUUUGGCUAUGGAGCUUCCAAAGAUUCCAAAGAUUCCAAAGAUUCCAAAUCCAAGGAGUCCAAGGAGCCAGCUGAAAGCUCGAAAGUGAAGGUGAAGACGGAGAAAGCUGCGAAAACCAAAGGAGACAAGGGAGAUAAGGCAAAGGCCAAAGUCUCCAAAGAUAAGCUGAAAAGCAAAGCUGAAAAGAAACCAAAGGCUGAAAAGGCCGAGAAGCUUCCAAAGGCUCAAGGGCCGCGAGAUACCUUGGACUGGCCGAAAGGAGUUGCGGUGUCCGGCUGCAAAGAUAAGACGGUGAAGAAGAUCGUGCGUGGCGACUUCAAGUUUGCCGGAGAAAAUCAUGGCAGGCCAUACUACAAGCGGGAUGAGAAGUACAACGAUCUCGAUGUGAUGCUGUACUAUUGGGACGACAGAGAUGGCUCUGACUUUUCAGGUUGGUGGUUUGGCCCCAAGGUUGGUGGCGACCAGGUUUGGGCCUACCAGCCCGGCAGAGACACCACACCGCCCGAGUCAGGGUGGAAGGUGCCCUAUGAUGGGCCUGUGGAUGAAAGCUUCAAGGUCACUCGCAAGAAAGAAAAGAAAGAAAAGAAAGACAAAGAGACGGUGAUGCCUUAUCCCGGGAUGUACUACGGCAUGCAGGGCAUGCAGACCGCAUUCAUGGACCCGCAUGCUGCGGAACGCCAGAUGCAGGAAUAUGCCCGGCUGCAGCAGGAAGGAGCAAAAAGAAGGCUGGAAGAGGAAUUCCACCGGCAGAAACGAGAAGAAGCUUUGAGGCGUGAAGCCGAAAGAAAACGCAAGGAAGAAGCUAGAAAGAAACAGGAAGAGAUCAGGAAAAAGAGGGAGGAGGAGCAGAAGAAGCAGAAGGAGCUGGCAGAGCAGCGAAUCAAGGAAGGAAAAGCCGUCUUCCUCCUACGGAAGGCCAUUCAGAAGUUGAACGCUGCCACCCCAGAGAGCAUGGAGACCGUCCAAAAAGAGCUGGAGGAAACCAUGAAGCUGCACUUGGAGGAAGCUGGCAGCCAGAAGGAUUACAUGAAAGGCGAGGCGGACAAAUACUUGGAACAGACCAAGAAGAGGAUUGAACUCCUCAACGAGGCGAAAAGGAAAGCGCAGGAAAAGAAGGAAGCGGAUGAGAAGCGCCGCCAAGAGCUGGAAUCCCGAGCCAAGAAGCUUCUAGCAGAGCUCAGCGGUCUGCUAGAUAUGGCUGAGAAGGGGGUCGAACAGCUCAGAGAGACUGCGACGCCACUGGAGACCAGCGAUGAACAAAGCUUGCCCGAGGUGGAAGCCUGUGCAGAAGCCGUGGAAGCAGCUGGAGCCAGUUGUAAGACGCUGAUCAAGACCUGCAUGGAUUUUUUGGUGAGCCACGGCCCUGAGAUGAAGGAGCCGCCGGGACCCGUAGGCGUGGCGGUGUUGGGCCCUUCUGAGCUAAAGCAGCUUAUGGCGAGAUGUCUAACCAGGAUCAACGAGUGCACUAAGCUCAGCGAUGGGGUUCUCUUCGCGGUGCGCGCCGUGAAAGAUGCCGUGGCACGGCGGGUGGAGGCCACCAAGAAGACCACGGAACUGGAGGAGCUCUUUUCCAAAUACGAUGUAGAUCGAGAUCAGUUGCUGUCAGAGAAGGAGGUCCUGUCCUUUGCGAAGGAUUUGGGCGUGGACAUAUCUCCAGAGGUCAUGAAGCAGAUCUGGAAAUCCACCGUGGACGAUGGACAAAGGGGUGUGACCUUCGCCAGGUUCCCAUUACUGAAGACCAAAUUGGGUGCAGAGAAGGAGCUGCGAAGAGACCGGUAUCGAAAGGUGCUGCGAGAAGCUCGGGACAAGGUCCGAGCCAAUCUGCGAGCGCAACUGGAUACCAAGGUGGGUCUGCUGGGCCACGAGAUCAGAAAGGCAGACGAGGCGGUGCGAAACGUGGAGCGGUCGCUGCCGCCUUUGGCAGAGCAGGACCGAAGUGCAAUGACAGACGCUGAGCUGAUCUCCAAAAGUAGUAGCUGCAGAUCGAUGGUGGAGGAUGCCAGAUUGGUGGCAUCGUCUGUCCUGAAAAAGAUCGAUGAGCUUCCCAAUGGCUUUGCUGAGAAAGACCAGGAAGAUGUCAAGGACUUGCUGGUCCCUGAUUUUCGGGUCUUGGCAAAGCAGAUGGGCCGGCUGGAACUGCGACUGCAGCGAGUGGAAAACUUGUGUCACCGCUUCAAGAGCGAGGUGGAAAAACGUGAGAAGUCCGAGCUUUUUGGAGCACGGCUGUUUGCUGUGAAGGUGUCACGUCUUUACGCUGCACGUCGUGGUCGAAGCAUCCGUCAACUGUUUAGAGAGAUGGAUGCCAAUGGCGAUGGGGAAAUGGACUCUCAGGAGUUCUCCCUCUUUUUCUUGUCAGUGGACCGGGAGAUCCUGGAGGAGGCUUCUGCCAAGGAGCAGCUGCCCGGCGAAGAAGCGGAGAGCUCCGCCGUGGCGGCCACGGCGGCCACGGCCAAGGCCAAGGCGCGACCGAGGUCGGUCAUGACAGCUGUGGAUUUCACAGAAGAUCUGCUUUCUCGUCUCUUCAAGUCGGUCGCAGAAUCUGGAAAGCUCUCAGAGGAUGUCUUCUGUCAGAUGAUGCGGUCCUACUGCAAGGUUGUGAAGGACACGGUCAUGACGAAGGAGUCGAAGGUGUCUGGCGACAACGCAGUGAGGCAGCUUAAGACGGAUGAGGUGAUCGAAGUUCUUGAGGGCCCGAUGGAGGAGGAGGAGAUGAAGGUGCCCCGCAUCAAAGCAAGAUGUCUUGCGGAUGAUGCGCAAGGGUGGCUGACUGUCAGAGGCAAUGAUGGAAUAGCUCACCUUCAGGACUGGCACGCCUUGUUCCGCAUCAUCCGUGAUGUGCCUCUGACGGCCAACUUCGAGCGUCCUGCCGACAAGGUCUUGGAAGGCCUCGAGGAGCCCGUGGUGCCCGUGGCGCCCAAGGCUGAGCCCACCGCGAACAGCGCCACGGGCGAGGCCGUGGAGGGCGUGGAGGCUGUGGAGGGUGUGGCCGUGGAGGGUGUGGACGUCAUGGGAAGCACCGAUGGCGAUGGUGGCGAUGGUGGCGAUGGCGAUGCCACGGAGGGAGAUGGAGAUGAUCUGUUUGAUCCAGAGAGUCCUGAGGGACCUGGGGACUUCGAACCGCAGAGUGAGAUGGCCCACUACCAACUUCUGCAGCAUGUGGAUUCUCCAGAACAUGAAGACCCUGAUGAGGGCUUCAGGCGCUUGAGAGCAGGAGAACUUGUGGAAGUUCUGGAGUGGCCUGCGAAUCACAUGGAGUCUGGCUUAACCCGAAUGAAAGUCGUAGCCCUCACAGACAAAGCCAGUGGAUGGAUCACUCAAACCAAUGCCGAUGGAGUGCAUUUCGCAGAGCCGCACGAACGCUGA